AUGACAGAGCUAGCUACCUGGCUACCGACCUAUCUGCCAAUCAUCUACUUCUUAACAUCCUCCAUCACCGCAGCUCCAGCGACAUCCUCUCCCAGCAAUGUUGCGCAGGCCAACUACGGCGUCCUCUUGGACGCUGGCAGCACCAGUACCAAGCUGAAAGUCUACAGGUGGAACCAAACCACCGGUGAUUCCUUGGUGCCCCGGAUCGAUCUUCUAGCCAACGAGAGAUUUGACAACGGCCUAGGAUCCUUCGAGGAGGACGAGAUCGGACUUGUUAGCUACAUCUCCAGCAUCGUCUCCAGGGCCAAACAAGACGUGCCGGACCACAAGCAGAAGUCUACCCCCAUAUACCUCAUGGCCACAGCAGGUCUGCGCUACCUGACGGAGAAGGAAGCCGAGGUGUUCCUGGAGAAGAUUCAGGCUGUUCUGGCCAACACAACCAUCAACCCUUUCCUCUACAAGUCCUCCAGCAUCACCAUCUUAUCCGGGGAGGAGGAGGGAGUCUACUCCUGGAUCGCUGCCAACUACCUCAAUGGUUUCUUUGACAAAUACAGGCCGGAGAAUGAAACCGUGGGGAUCCUAGAGAUGGGAGGCGGCUCCACACAGAUCGCCUUUAUACCACACGGUCCUUUGUUCAGCGAGGAGUAUCAGGCGAUCGUGGCCGGGCGAGCCUACCAGCUGUACGUCCAGAGCUACCUACAGUUCGGAGCUAACGCCAUCAGCCAGAAGGUGGUGUACGCCCUGCUCCACGGGUCGCUGAACCAAAGUGAGGUGGAAAACCCCUGCAUGCUCAGAGAGGACUCAAGGAACACUACACUCGAUGAUGGGCGCCUGAUUCUAGAAAAGGGAACAGGCGAUCCCGAGGCAUGUCUGCAGAUUCUGAGAAAGUUUCUCCACCCAAACACAGGACAGGACUGUUCGCCCAAGCCAUGCGCUAUCGGUUCCGUCUACCAGCCCAGCGUGGACAACCUGAAGUUCGUGGCCACCCAAGCUUUCACCUACACGCCAGAGAACCUUAAAGUAGUGGAUGAUGACAAGAUUCUCCACAUAGAUAAGCUGGAAGAGGCUGCCAUCUACCACUGUAACAGGACCCUGGAGCAGGCAGUUAACGAGUCAGGCAUGGACCCACAGUACGUCUCCAGUGACUGUCUGAUGGGGCUCUACAUACCCACGCUGGUCACUCUCUCCUACGGCUUCAACUCUAACUCCACCAACAUCCAGCUGACCUCAAAAAUAAACGGGGGCACGGUGGACUGGGCUCUUGGCGCCAUGCUUGUGGAGCUUUCCAAUUCCUUCGGCUCACCAAAGUUUAACUAUUCCAUCCAAUGCACCAAGGGGAUGCCAGCUGUAACAACUGGGUACAACAAGGGAAACCAUUCGACGUCGCUUCAUUCAAAUCAUUUACAGAUCUGUGUAUUGUUACUGUCUCUAGCAAUUGUUUUACGUAACUGUAUUUAUUUUGAUAUUUCCAAAGUUUAA